UCGAAUAACUCCAGGGUUUAGCCAGACCGUCUGUUUACGCCUCAGUAAACACACGAGAGCAUGGGACAGCCUGGACGCACCGUGCGAGGAGAGGCGCUCUCAUGUGGCAGAAAAACAAGGGACGGGGCGGGGGGUCACGUGUGGAACCGUCGGACACUAGCUUGUGGACAGUCUAUUUUUAGUGCUGGAAUGCACCACAGUGGCCUCAUGGCAAGCUCCAAAACCUUAACAACAAACAUCACAGCACCUUCCUCUGUAAACACUUCCACUUCUUGUUACUAGUGGUGAACUACAGAAAGAGAGAGAGAGAAAAGCAGAAAAUGCCAAGUUUCUGGGUUUUUGGCUGAACCUGCCCCAACUGGAAUCAGAGCACAAGGAGACCUUGGAUGUUACAACAAGACCAAGCUAAGAAUGGACAGGCCGAUGCUGGAGGUCUAUCAGUACAGGGACAAGGAGCUGUCGUCCAACCUUCUGCUGCAGCUGAACGCCCUGCGGCAUGAGGGCAUCCUCACGGACGUGCUCCUCUGCUCCGACGGCCAGGAGAUCCCCUGCCACAGGAACGUGCUGGUGUCCAGCAGCCCCUACUUCAGGGCCAUGUUCUGUAACAACUUCAGGGAGCGGCACCAGGCCAGGAUAGACCUGAAGGGGAUCACCUCUGACAUCCUUGGUGGCAUCGUGGACUACGUCUACACGGGGGCAAUCACCAUCACCAUGGAGCUAGUGCUGCCCCUCAUGCAGGCCGCCUCCAUGCUGCAGUACCCCAGGCUUUUUGAGGCCUGCUCGGCCUUCCUGCAGGGCCAGCUGAGCCCAGACAACUGCCUGAGCAUGAUCCGUCUCUCCGAGAUCCUGCACUGCUCCAGCCUGCGGGAGAAGGCCCGGGAGAUGGCCGUGCGGAGCUUCUCUGACGUGGCCGCCUCCGAGGACUUCCGCGAGCUCUCCCUGCCCGAGCUCAUGUGCUACCUGGAAGAUGACCGGCUGUGCGCCGAGGAAGAGCAGGUCUUCGAGACCCUCCUGGCCUGGAUCCACCACAACCCCUUUUCCCGGCGCGGCGCCAUCCACGACCUCUUCAAGCGGGUGCGCCUCCGCUACAUCCACCCCACCUACCUAUUCCAGUUCAUCGCCAAUGACCCGCUCAUCCAGUCCUCCACGCUCUGCACCGAGAUCAUCGAGUCUGUGCGCCGGCUCAUGUUCUCUGUCAGCGCCCGCUGUCCUGGGGAACUGGGCCCCCUGUGGGCGACGCCACGCCGCUACACCUGCCGUGAGACGCUGGUGGUGGUGGGCGGCCGCAAGAACAGCGAGCAGACUUCGCGUGAGGCCCUGUUGUACGACGAGCGGACCCAGCGCUGGCAGUGGCUGGCCAAGCUGCCCAUCCGGCUCUACCGGGCCGCCUACGUCUGCAUCCACAGCAUCCUCUACGUGCUGGGGGGCCUCACCAUGGGGGCCGGGGAGAGUGUGGUGAGCACCACCGUCUACACACUCUCCCUCAAGACAAACCAGUGGCGCACGGCGGAGCCUAUGCUCACGCCCCGCUAUGCUCACCAGAGCGUCUCCUUCCUGCACUUCAUCUUCGUCCUAGGCGGCAUCGGGCCCGACAAGCGGAUCUCCGCUUCAGUGGAGCGGUACAACAGCAUGUUCAACCUGUGGGAGCCCAUGGCCCCCAUGCCCACUGCCGUGCUCCACCCAGCCGUGGCUGCCAGUGACCAGAGGAUCUACGUAUUCGGGGGGGAGGAUGCCAUGCAGAAUCCUGUCAGGAUGAUACAGGUGUAUCACAUCGCUCGGAAUCUGUGGUCCAAGCUGGAGACCAGGACUGUGAAGAAUGUGUGUGCACCCGCUGUUGUCAUUGAGGACAAAAUCUAUAUCAUAGGAGGCUACACGAGAAGAAUGAUUGCCUACGACAUCAAAGCCAACAAGUUUGUAAAGUGCGAGAACAUGAAGGAGAGGAGAAUGCACCAUGCCGCCACAGUGAUCGACAACAAGCUCUAUGUGACGGGUGGACGCUACAUCAAUGGCCAUGACAUCAUUGAGGACUCGGACAGCUUCGACUGCUACGACCCAAAGACAGAUGUGUGGACCUCCAAAGGGACGCUGCCGUACAAGCUCUUUGACCACGGCUCUCUCCCCCUUUUCUGCGUCUCUAAGAAACCGUACCCACCCUGAUGGUGUGACCCUCUCCCACGGCAUCAGGUCACAGGAGCCAGUGGAAGCCAUUCGAUUGGCUGGUCACUCCUACACCGUGGACACGUUCAAAGAAAUGCACUUGACCGUAUAGCAGCAUCUGCCAUGUGUCUUAAGUCAGAAAAGACUUUAAAUGUGAAGUCAAGGUGUUACAUGAGUCCUAGAAGUGCACUGAACACUGAACACACAGAUU